AUGCUUUCGUCUCCAAGCAAGUUUGCAGCAAAUGUUCUUCUCUUCAAUGCCAGUUCUAGAAAGAACAACAACACCGUUACCAUCCUUAAAGCAAUUAAGGAAGGUGUUGAAUCAGUUGGAAAAACUGCAGAAAUUGUUCAUUUAGACAAAUUGAAGUUCCAUGGAUGCCAAGGAUGCCUUCAAUGCAAGAGACCAAAUGCCCCUGCAUCUUGUAUCAUUAAAGAUGAUGCCACAAAGUAUAUCGAGCAACUUAAGAACGCCGAUGCUUUUGUUAUUGGAUCACCGGUUUACUUUGGAAAUCUCACUGGUCCAUUUUAUAGUUUCUUCCAGCGGUUUUUAUAUUGCCAUUUCAAUUAUUGCGAAGAAAAGCGCUCGAACCUUACACGCCCAGUAAAAACUGGACUUGUAUAUACCUGCGGAGCUCCACAGAGUAUGUUUGAAAGAAUUUAUGCUCCACAAUUCCAACAUAAUAAAGAUUACCUUGAGAUGGUAUUCAAAGGCAAGUGCCAAGUUCUUGUCAACUACUUCCAACUUCUAACCAAAGAUGUUUCUAAGUUGUGGGUCCCUGGUGAGCCAAAUGACCUCAAGAAGAAGUGGUUUGAAGAACAUCAGGAAAACAUCUUAAAGCAAGCAUUCGACAUGGGAGUUAGUCUCGCUUCCGAAUAA